AUGGAAAUGUCAUUUUGGGGAUGGUUUAAUUUGCAUGGAUUAGUCAUAGAAACAUGGCCUGCCACUCAGGCUGUAACCAACAGGAGGUGGUUCCUGGGUCAUCCCCUUUCACAGGGCAAUGCUCUGCGGACACUCAAGCCAGGACCGCUCGGACUCUACGGGGCCUCAGCUCAGGCCUCGGUCUGGUGCCACGUGACUCGUGUGUUUGCAUUGAGUGACGGGCGCAGCGUUGGGCGGGCCUUGGUGGAAAUCAACUUCCGGGGGCAGAGGUUUCUCGAAGCCGGGUGGUGUGUGGGCUACCCCUACUUGUGUUACUGGGGUCGCGGUCCCCCCUCCCCAAAGGUUUGCGAUCGUGCCCCGGGUGUCCGCGUGCGGGUCAGUCUGUGUGCUGGGGGUGGCUCACCUGGCAGCGGGGGUGAGCGGCGCGGCAGCGGCGGCGGCGGUGAGCGGGAGCAGGGAGCAGGUGUAAUUGAAGGAUGGAUGAUGAUGAUUUUGGUGGUUUUGAGGCUGCAGAGAUUUUUGAGGGUGAAAGUGGUGAAACCCAAACUACAUCUCCUGCUAUUCCGUGGGCUGCUUUUCCUACAGUGUCUGGAGUUCGUCUUUCUCCAGCUUCUUCAAUUGUACUGGACCAUGACUACUCUUCUUCUGUUGGCUGCCUCUCUUCUGAGCCCAUCAUUUCAUCACCAGAGAUUACGCAUGCAGACAACAGCAUUGUCAAUCAAACUGUUCCUAAAGCACAGUAAUGGAACAAUUGCUCAUGUGGAUGAGGCUGAGAAUCCUGGAGCCAAUGUAUCCAACAUACAGCUUCAGCAGAAAAUUUCAAAUCUGGAGAUUAAACUCAAAGUUUCUGAAGAAGAAAAACAAAGAAUUAAAAAGGAUGUGGAAUCAUUGAUAGAAAAGCACAGUAUCUUGGAAAAAGAUUUCCUUAAAGAAAAAGAACAAGAUGCCAUUUCUUUUCAAGAUAGAUACAAAGAACUUCAGGUAAACCUAGUGUAUUUACAAUUUAAUAUGUAGGCCUCUUGAUGAAACAUGUAAUAUAGUUUCAAAAAGUGCUCAAUAAA